GUCCCGGUGCUUGAUGGGAAUAGUAGUCAUUGAAUCUCCUGUAUUUCCUGGAAAGGAGACAACGAAAAGUCAUAAGAAGUUCUUGCUCGACUCUAAAAAGUUGUUUACCUGACUUCAUCUACGUUAUAAAGCGAGAAAGGUUGAAACGAAAAACAGAAUGUCUCUGAUGGAGCACGGUGGUGGCGCCCACAACAGGCCGGUGACUGCAGUGGCCUGGGCCUCCAACAGCAGCACCUGUCCCAAAGACUUCAACCUGAUUAGUAUAACUGAGGAUGGAGCUGCUGCAAACUUCACACGGAGCUUCGCCAUGAAGGCUGGCUACUACCUCUGCUACAGCAAGGACAUGUCAGGUGGUAUGGUAGUAUCAGAUGUCCAGGUGAUCUCAGACAAGGAGACUGUUCCUCAUGGGUACUGUUACAUACCUGAACACCUGGAGCCUAGGGCCUCCGUGUCUAAGAAGAAGCGUGUGUGUGUCCGCAUGGUGCCAGUGGGCAGUGUGGAGACUGCUGUACUGGACAUCAAACUGACUGCUAAGACUAGGAGGAUGCUGCAGCACUACACCUGCUUAGGGGACAUGCAUGGCUAUGUGAUGUGGUGUAAGAAGGGGCCCUUCUCCAGCCCUCUACCCCAGGCAAAGCCUCGCAGCCUCAGCCUUGACCUCCGUCAGCUCUCGCUGGACCAGAACCCCCCUCCGCUACCCCUCAGACCCAGCAACGCUCCACCCAUGCCCCCUGGCAGGAAGCUCAGCCAUCGCCGCAGCAACCUCCAAUUGAACGAUGCUGUGGAUAAAGUGGUUGAUUGCAGCAACAUCUACGGCAUCUCAGCCAUAGAUGGUGUUCCCUUCACUCUACACCCCAAGUUCAAGACCCAAACGAACGGCACGACUCCAACAAACACUCUAAACAACAUUCGCAUCAAGUCUGUCCAGGACAUUGAAAAUGAGUACAACUACACUUUCACCGUGGAGGAAAACGCAGCCAAGAGAACCACACCUCUCACCACAGGAAGCACCUCUUAAGCUCAAUGACCUUUCAUCUCUGACCUCAACAACUGCGGCCUGUUCGACCCACAACACUACGGAGGUCAAAGUGAUAUGCCUGGGUCAUGAAAUGAUAAUCAAUGUCCAAGUGCCUAGAAGAUGACUGACUAGAACAGAAGAGUCAUUCUACAUUCCAGAGAUCCUUUGUUGUGCCCACAUUCUACAUUCCAGAGUUCCUUUGUUGUUCCCACAUUCUACAUUCCAGAGUUCCUUUGUUGUGCCCACAUUCUACAUUCCAGAGUUCCUUUGUUGUAGCCACAUUCUACAUUCCAGAGUUCCUUUGUUGUACCCACAUUCUACAUUCCAGAGUUCCUUUGUUGUGCCCACAUUCUACAUUCCAGAGUUCCUUUGUUGUAGCCACAUUCUACAUUCCAGAGUUCCUUUGUUGUGCCCACAUUCUACAUUCCAGAGUUCCUUUGUUGUGCCCACAUUCUACAUUCCAGAGUUCCUUUGUUGUGCCCACAUUCUACAUUCCAGAGUUCCUUUUUUGUGCCCACAUUCUACAUUCCAGAGUUCCUUUGUUGUGCCCACAUUCUACAUUCCAGAGUUCCUUUGUUGUGCCCACAUUCUACAUUCCAGAGUUCCUUUGUUGUGCCCACAUUCUACAUUCCAGAGUUCCUUUGUUGUGCCCACAUUCUACAUUCCAGAGUUCCUUUGUUGUGCCCACAUUCUACAUUCCAGAGUUCCUUUGUUGUACCCACAUUCUACAUUCCAGAGUUCCUUUGUUGUAUGGGGCCAGUUAUAUAUGUUAGGGAUGACUCUUCCCCCGUAUAUGGGGCCAGUUAUAUAUGUUAGGGAUGACUCUUCCCCUGUAUAUGGGGCCAGUUAUAUAUGUUAGGGAUGACUCUUCCCCCGUAUAUGGGGCCAGUUAUAUAUGUUAGGGAUGACUCUUCCCCAGUAUAUGGGGCCAGUUAUAUAUGUUAGGGAUGACUCUUCCCCCGUAUAUGGGGCCAGUUAUAUAUGU